AGUACCGCACCGUUAAACAGGAAAUAACACUUUCAAACCAAGAACUGACAUUUUUUCAAAUUUCGUUACAUAGUGUUACUGCACCACAGUGGCUCUGUUUGGGGUGCCUCUUUGUAAAAACAAAACAAAGCCAAGGAAGUUAACUCUAACCUCUUCCUCUUCUUUAGGCUAUCUUCUAGUUUAAUGUUAUCAAGCUUACUAUUUGUCAGGCUGAAGCCACUGCUUCCUACAAGGCGGGUCAAGUGGGAUGGGAGCGUCACAAGUAACUGUUUAACUUCUUAUCAUGACAAGUUUCUGCUACAGCUAGAUUAGGAUGAGCAAAGCAGGGUUGGGGGAAGCAGGCUUCUCUUUUUCUUGGAUUAUUUUAUCUCACAGGUUUUGAGAUCCAGGUUAAACUGGUCUGAAAAACCCCCAGUAUAUUUCCAACCCUCUAUUCCCUUUGUUGUUUCUUUGCCCUUCCUCCUCCUCCUCCUCCUCCUCUUUAAAAACCCAGUCGCCGAAGAAGAACCAGCACUGAGUUUGAGUCCAGUGGCACCAUGGGCUUCUCUCACCUCCUCCUCAUCUUCUUACCUUUCCUGAAGCUUUCUCUGGGCGCCGGACUAUUCUUCAAGAGAGGAGAGAGCUGCUACAAACCCCUGACUGAUGACCCUCCCACCCUCCGAACCUACCCUCGUCCCCAUGAAUAUUUGGACAUCUCUGAGCUGCCCAAGUCCUGGGACUGGAGGAAUGUAGACGGGGUCAAUUACGUGAGCACGACUCGGAACCAGCACAUCCCUCAGUAUUGUGGGUCCUGUUGGGCUCAUGGCAGCACCAGCGCUUUGGCAGAUCGCAUCAACAUCAAGAGGAAAGGCGCCUGGCCCUCAGCUUACCUCUCCGUUCAGCAUGUGAUUGACUGUGCCGGGGUCGGGUCCUGCCACGGAGGGGACCAUAGUCACGUCUGGAGGUACGCACACCACCAUGGCAUCCCAGACGAGACCUGCAACAAUUACCAAGCUAAAGACCAAGAAUGUGACAAGUUUAAUCAAUGUGGGACUUGUGUUACUUUUGGACAAUGCCAUGUGAUAAAGAACUACACCCUCUGGAAAGUGGGAGAUUACGGCCACGUCAAGGGGAGAGAGAAAAUAAUGGCAGAAAUCUAUGAAAAUGGCCCCAUCAGUUGUUCAAUCAUGGCCACUCCAAAACUGCAUGAAUACACUGGAGGACUAUAUGAAGAAUACAACCCAUCACCUUCUACAAACCACGUUGUUUCCAUAGCUGGCUGGGGAGUGGAAAAUGAUACAGAAUACUGGAUUGUCCGCAACUCUUGGGGUGAACCCUGGGGUGAACAAGGCUGGCUUAGAAUUGUGACCAGUGCAUAUAAAGGGGGCAAAGGAGCAGAGUACAACCUCGCUGUUGAAGAAAAGUGUUCUUAUGGAGACCCAAUCCUUUCCUGAGUUUGCACUGGUCUCUGUUUGCAAUUGUGGUUUAAGAGUGCAAGGACAGUUCCAGCCAGUUAUCUCUCCUCUUCAAACAGAUGGACUGAUUUACUGCAAUAUCACGGACUUAAGGAAUGGUAACCUAACUGAGCCCAUUCUCUCAGGUUCAUUCUCUGAGGCUUUAAAGCCUCUCUUCCCCAGUAAUAUUACCGUCAUAAAUUUGUCUGGUCAGAAUAUGAAAUAGGGACUCUGCUACUGUGCCUUUGUAGACUACACAGAAUAAACUAGCUCAGUCAGCAGCUGAGACUUCUUUUUAA